AUGACUGAGGAAGAUAAAGAGGAAUAUGCUGUGGCCGAGCGGCAUGUUUCUCGGAUGCUGGAGCAGAUGAUUCUGCUUACGCCCAAGUUCCGUCCUUCCCACGUGCUAUGUAUAACAACUGCGUCUCUUCUGAACAUCAUGGGUAUGGAACAUGGCGCCUUCGCCGGAUGUAGUGGUCGAUUUAAGGUCCUCAUAGGUGACGAAGCCUCUAAGAUCCCAGAACCAGAGUUGGCGGCAUUAGCGAACCUUUUGCCCAAGGUACAGCAGGUCUAUAUCAGGGACAUUCACCAGCUCGAGCUGCACGCGAAGUGUCAUCGUGAAUCGAAUCCAGGCAUCUACGGAGCUUGUAGCACCAUGUCAGUAUUGUGGUCAGCACUCGCGGUUCCAGUAGCCCCUUUGCUUCGUACGUAUAGGGAUCAUCCCACCCUUAACGAGCUUCCCAAUAAGGUCGCUUACGAAGGCGCGCUUGUGAGUGGCUUAGAGUCGGAAAGGAGGAUGCUACUUCUACACACUCUUACGUUUCCGACUCCCACCAUUCCUUUCAUCAACGUCAAUGGUCAAUCCGAAGGAGCGGCCAAUAUGUCUCAUUACAACUGUACGGGAGGCGGUAUUAUGCCUGGAGCUUUUGCGCCCAGGUCUGACACCAGCCCAGAUCUGCAUCAAAACAUUUUAUCGCGAACGGUAUUGCCGGAUAGAGCGGGCAGUCAACGAACUAGGUGUGGAGCUAUCCACAGUCGACUCCGUCGAAGGAAGCGAGAAAGAUGA